CUUUAUUGCAUAUUGUCCUAGAGGUUCCGUGUUCUUACAAUAUGUUGAAAUUUCAGAAGAUAAGAAGUCAGGUCUUUUUCUGAGUCACUUAACCUCUAAGGUUAUUGAUAUGGUUGGGCCUCAAUAUGUAGUUCAGUUCAUCAGUGAUAAUGGUUCAAAUUUUGUAUCUGCUGGAAACAUGCUUGUACAAAAGUACACCACCAUGUAUAACACGAGGUGUGCUGCACGUGGUAUUCAAUUGCUUUUGAAAGACUUCUAUGAACAAAUCCCUUGGAUGAAAAGUGUUGUUGAUGAUGCAAAAUCCAUUCAAGCAUACAUGUAUCGACACACUAUUGUCACUGCUUUGAUGAGAAAAGCUACAAAAGGAAGGGAACUGAAAAAGCCUUGUACUACUAGGUUUGUUUCCAAUUUUCUUGUUGUGCAAUCUGUAGUCACACUUGAGAAUGAAUUGAGAUUUCUUGUGGCUUCUUCUGAAUGGAGAGAUUUGUCAUAUAGCAAGUCACGAGAAGCUAUAGUUGUGACAGGAUUAAUUCAAAACAAUGUCUUUUGGUCUCAAGCGAGAGAGUGUUUGCAAGCCUUGGAACCUCUGGUCAGAGCUCUCCGCUUAGUUGAUGGUGAUGGAUCUGCGGCUGGAUAUUUGUACCAAGCAAUGGAACUGGCUAAGGUUGGGCUCCAGAAAAGGUCUGAAAAAGAUAGAGAUAAAUAUGGGUAUAUGUUGACUUUAUUUGAGGUGAGGAGAAAAGAUAAUAUCACUCAUCCCAUUCAUGCAUUUGCCGCAUCUCUCGAUCCAUUGUACAUGACUAGUCCCGACUUUAAGCAAACAAUGGAGAUGAAAGAAGGUAUGUUUUUCUUAUUUGAGAAAGUUCUCAAACCGGAUGAGAAUGAUUUAUUCACAAAGCAAUAUCGUGACUAUAUUUUGAAGCCUUCCUCAUUAUUCAACGCAACAACAUAUAGCUUGAUGAAGACAUGUCAUCCUCGAAUAUGGUGGGAGUUCUGUGGUGAUUCUGUGCCAACAUUAAAGAAAUAUGCCAUUCGCAUACCGAGUCAACCAUGCAGCUCAUCAUCAUGUGAGCGUAAUUGGAGUGCAUUUGAAGCUGCCCAGAUAAAGAAACGUAAUCGGCUCAGUCCAGAUAUGCUAGGCAUGCUUGUAUAUUGUAGGAUGAACAUAAUGAUGAUGCAAAAAACAGAUGAAAAAAUGUUUAGAGACGCUGAUCCGGUUGAUUUAAGCAAGCUCGCAGAGUGGCCUGAUUAUGAGUAGAAGUUGAAACAUGCUCCCAAUUUGUGGAUGAGAAUGGAUCGGUUGGGACUUCAGGCAGUUCAUUUGAUGAUACUAGUGCUGACAAUGCUAGUCUCAUUCAUCCCGCCUCAUCCCCUUUCAGAAGUCUGUGUGACUUAUGUUGAUGAUGCAGAUGGGUUUGAAGAUUUUACUUUUGAUUUUUGAGACUUUAUUAGAGACUUUAGUGUUGAUUUACUUUAGAUUUUAGACUUUGGUGUUUUAUGUUUUUCUUUCAUGAUUACUGCAUUUAUUGUCAUGAAAACUUGUUACUA